AUGAUCAUCUCCUGCAGGUUGUGUUCGGCAUUGAUUGCACUCUGUUUCACAUCGCUGGUGGUGGUGGACAGUCUAGCAGAGCUCGUCGUGGUACGCGCUCCUAACGAAUAUCACAACGGAUUGUUCAAGGUCACUUGCAUCUCUGAAUAUGACGAUAGAUCUUUGUCUUGGAUCAAGGAAUCAGGCAUUCUUCAAUAUUUUGAUUACAAAGUCGAUGAGGAAUUCCAGCCGAAUCGAACGUAUUGCACGGAAGGGUCCGACGACAUCAUCGCCGAUCAAACCCGCUGUCUUUACAUAUGGAAUGCAGCACCGAAGUGGAAACUUACAAGUUCUGUAGGCGAAUUAAUGAAAUCUACGUUCGACAACACUUGCACAGGUAGCAUGGAGCAAACGACAGAGUUGCUGGAGGUGCCACUUGCCUCAGCACGGGUUUGGGGUAAGCCGCGUAAUAUCAAGUUGGAGAUGAACAAAAAUAGGCUUAAUUGCUCGGAAAAAGGAACCCUCAAUACACCGAUUGAUUCAGUGCAGAAUAAACCUGGGAAAGAGAUGUGCCAGAAGUCAAUCAUCGAAAAUUUGAACGCUCGGCAGUUGAUAGACAAAUAUUCCGUAGAUUCUAGGCUCUUACCAAGGCAUAUGGAACUCAUGCUAUUCGAUCACUUCGAAUGGCUUAUCCACAGACGCAUUAAAUUUCACCACACUUAUUUUCUAUCAACCGAGAAUAACGUAUCGAUUGAGAAAAAAUUCGAUAACCCUGAUCAUACUCUUUGUUUGUAUUUUCUGGUGAACCUUUGCUCUAAUUGUUCAUUACAAAUCAAGUUCUUCGACGACAAGAAUAUUCUGAAGCACCACUUUAUCGGACCGUUUAAGGAUAGCAAAGCACUGUCCUGGCGAUGGGAAAUACUGAAUGUGACUUUGGAUUCGAUCUCAAAAAGUCCAAUUACCGUCGUAAUGACGACCCAAAUGAACGGGACGGGCGAAGGCCGAUGGGCAACUCGUUUUUUCAGAACUUGUCAGUCGAGAGGCUUGGCACAGUGCCUUCGAGGAAAUGGACCAUUCUGCAUAUUCGACCGCACUCACUCAUGCAAUGGGACAAUUAUCUGCAAUCCAAGCGGCUGCACCUGUCCUGCAGGAUGCAAAGGUGCCAACUGCACUGAAGAAUGCACGGAGGGAUAUUAUGGAUACAAUUGCCAGAAUACUUGUGAUCAGUGCGACCAAAGAAAAUGCAGUAAAAUAAGUGGGCUGUGCUUCUCUGGAUGUAAACAACACUACGUGGGACGAUACUGCGAGACACGACUGGAACACCCAUAUAUUGAAGAGUCAACUAUUCUAACCGCGGUGAAAUUGAAUUUUUUUACGAGCCUCAAAGAUGUAGACGAUCGUAACUUUUCUGUCCAAAUAAAGAACCAUUACGAAAGCUGGAGGCCAAUUCACAUGGAUCCAAAUUUCUCUGGUGAAAUAGAACUGUGUAUCAAAAAUCUCGAACCGAAAGUACGAUACGAAGUCCGGGUCACACUAAAUAAGACAGAGAGUCCCGCAAAGAACUUCAACAUACCGAUCAAUUCGUGUAAUGGGAACGAAGCCACGUCGUGCGAUACGAAUUUUGCCAAGAAGCUGUCGAUUGAACGUGACGAAAAUUCCAUCAAACUGACGUUUCCUUCAAUCAGAAAUGGGACGAAGAGCUACAUAGUCUUAUUGAGCAAUCAUUCAACUGUGUCCAGCUCGAUAUUCCCUGUAUGGACGGAAGUGAUCAAAACAAGUGAGGACUGCAGGAAAGAUGCUUGCAUGUACGAUUUUCAACAACACGAGAACUCGGAUUCCAUCAUCAUAGGCCUUAAUGAUGCCUGUUUAGUGCGUCCUGAUGCUACUUAUUUGGUUCGGGUAUUUUUUCGGGACUCGUUAAGUACAGUCUGCGCAUGUGGGAAGACCAUGGUUGAGAAAUUCCAAUCGGUGUACAUGUUGGUUAUCAUUCCACUCGUAAUUGCGGGGAUGAUCACUGCGGCGGUGCUUUACGUGUUAUACAGGAAAUUUUAUUCGGACCUCUUAACCGACCAUACGUCAGUCUCCAUGUCUCAACUUGUGAAUGAACCAUUUUCGACCCACAACAAAUCUGACGAUUCAUCCUUCGGCGAUACUGCAUACCCGGAAAGACUCAAAAAGUUUGAAUAUGACGUAAGAAGAGCCGCGGAGGACGGAAAACUUCAGCUGCAAUAUAACCUUCUACCGAAAGGUCUGAGACAUCCUUGCGAGUAUGGGAGGUUGCCGCAGAAUAAGGGAAAGAAUAGAUACAGGAAAUUGAUAGCGUAUGACAAGACCCGAGUUAUGUUGGCAGCAGAUCACGGUAGUUGUCACUCCAUCUACAUCAACGCUAACUACAUUCCGGGAUACGCAAAACAAAAUGCAUACAUCGCGACGCAGGCGCCGACAACGGAAACGAUGGAUGACUUCUGGAAAAUGAUUUGGCAGGAAGAGGUUCACGUCAUAUGCAUGCUGGUGGACCUGAUGGAGAAUGGAAAGAAAAUGUGCGAGCAGUAUUGGCCCGAUGUCGGGGGUGUGAUGGAAUACGGUGAAAUUGUCGUCUCGAACCUUACCCAAGACGUGUUCGCCGAUUACACCUACCGAACCUUCAACGUUACGAAGCAUCGCGAAACGGAAAUGCGUAAGAUUGAGCAUCUCCAGUACACGACUUGGCCGGAACAAGGAGUUCCCACUUAUUCACAUUCCGUAAUCGAGUAUCUAAGGAAGAUGUUAUCAGUCCCCCUGAGACAGGGACCGAUAGUUGUUCACUGCAGCUCCGGCACAGGGCGAACUGGAACUAUUAUUCUAUCCGACAUCGUCCUCCGGAACUUAGCCGCUGAAGGGACGGUGGACGUCUUUGCUCAAGCCAAAAUUAUGUACGACGCUCGUGCCAACAUGUUGGAGAGCUUUUCGCAGUACGUGAUGGCGCAUUUGGUUCCCAUUCAGUGCUUGCUUCUACUACCUACAGCCGUUUGGUGCCGUGAUAUUACACCGGAAAAGAUUAACGAAAUGAAAAAGGAGAUACCAGCACUCAUGAUACGACUCAAGGAAUGCGCGUGGAUGGAUAAAGCCAUGCGACCCUUGGAACCGCUGAGACCUCCACUUCCUGAGAAUUUGAAAAAAAAUCGAUUUCCCAAAUUGACACCAGUUGGCCCGUCUUUGGUGACGCUGCAGAAGUGUCCGUUAAAUGACAACACUAGCGAUUACAUCAGUGCAGUCAGCAUCGACGGAGUCAAGACAAAAAAACAAUACAUAGCUUCCCAGCUGCCACUGCCGACAACGCGUAGCGACUUGUGGAUGUUGAUUGUCGAGAACAACAUUGAACUUAUCGUAAUACUGCAACGUCCCAAUCCGAAAGACGAAUCAUGCUGUAACGUCAUACCCGAAAGAACGAGUGUGAUUAUCCCGUUGCCUUACGUCAAGGUAGAAAACACAUCAAGCUUGGCAACCGAAGGCUGUUUUACGGUGGACGACCUGCUGCUGACCGAUAAUUCGGGGCAUCCAGCAACGACGAAGAAAAUUACCGUCCUGACCUGCAAUGACUGGAGUACUGAAGCAGGUGCGAGUCCACCUCCACCUAAGGCGUUGGUAGACCUUUGGCAAACUUCGGAAAGGAUUGUGCGUCCAGAAGGACCCACGCUCGUUCUUUGCUACGAUGGUCUCACGGGUUGUGGCCUGUACCUGGCAAUGAGUUUUAUGCUCGAAAGGAUGAAAGUUGAACAGGAUUGCGACGUCAUUUUGGCUGUUCACGCAGUGCGGCGAUCAAGAAAAAAGUUCGUAACGGCGCAGCGGCAGUUCGAGUACCUCUACGACGCCGCUCUGGAAUUUAACGAGAGCUUCAAGAUUUACGAUAAUUUAUCAUAACUAGAUGGAC